AAGGACUUGCACCCUCUUCGGUUCUUUGUAUACGAUCUUCCCAGACCCUUUCGGCCGCUCGCAUGGCAGAUUCUGACAAACCGCAGCCAACGGCACCUGCGUGUGACGAGACGCAGCCUGUCAAUAUAGGGACCAAGUCUCCGAGAGGCACGAAGCGCAGGUCUAUCUCCCCAAGAGCCACGCCACCUAUCGGACAUCGGUCGCCUGACAGAAGACCAGGGAACGAAGCAACGGAACAGAUUAGUGUGCGGACAACCAGAAGUCUCUCUUCGCCACGAGCGAUGCAAGUGGCACCCUUCAGGAUGAGAGGCAGAAGCGCGGCAGAUGACAUGGUGCACUACUAUCCUUCCAUGCAAGAGCUAUUCCUCCAGCAGGCCACCCGAGAAUCUCCAGCCGCAUUGCACUCGCCGCGGUCCUACCCAAGAACACCACGUGGGAGCAUCGAUAUUGGAAGCUUGCAGAAAGGCGAGGUGAGGAACAGCAAAGAGGACCAUUCGACUAAGCCUGCUCGUCUCUUUCGUGUGCCUGAAGAACGGACUCUGGCGCCUCUGUCGGAGGACAACGAGGACCUGUCCACGGACCUCAGGAUAAGCCCGCCCCUUCCGUCCAGUUUACAAACGUCCACCAAGAUUGAAGGUGACAGGCGGAAAUCCAGCGUGCGAUUUGGACAAGCGACGUACCGGGAAAUUGAGAACGAGAGCUACGACAACAUCAGUCCUCUCCCGAGCCGCUACACCACCGCUGUCACUGCAUUCAUGAUUGUCUGCAUGUGCAUCAUCUUAUUCAUGCUGUACGUCCUCACGCCUCCUCCGAAGAGCAAACGGAUCACACUGUGCGCCACCAAAGCAUGCCUUGACGCCAUGACCUACCUCGAAAACAGCGUCGAUCAACGCGUCAACCCCUGCAUCGACUUCUACGGACAUGUCUGUUCAUCUUGGACCAGCAGGACCGCCGACACCGGCUUUAUUCGCGAUGCCCAGCUACAGUUCCGGAUGAAGAUCAACAGGACGUUGCUCGAGGAAGAUAACAUAGUGCCAGACAGACACGGAGGGCAUAUCUUGCGGUACUUUUAUAAAGACUGCCAUAAGUUCAUGACGAGCCAAUCGCAUCCCGAGGAACCACCGUACCAAACGUUCCGGAAACAAUUUGGAAGUCUGCGAGGUUUCUUGGCCAGAACUUAUCCAUCCGUGUUAGUGGGGCUAAUCCGUAUUUCCCUCGCGCAUGGAAUCGAUUCGGUGUUCGGGGUUCGGUUGAUCGACGACAUGGAUUACCCGAAGCUGAUGAUAUACCAUACAAGAUCAGUCCGAAAGAAGCUUUCCGAGGAUAACUUUCAGCGAACAGACGGAUACCUACUGGAAUUUCUGCAGAACGUAUCUGAGUCCUUAUUUCCAGUGAAGUCUUACCAUCAGAAGGUCCUUUCUUUGGACGAUGACGUCAACGCGGUUCUUGGGGGCGACGAACCGGUUCUGGAGGUCAUGUCUCAGGACAUCGAACAUCUAAUGACACACGUCACGCCUGACAUGCUGUACGAAACGGCUAACUCAAUACUUCCACUGGAAUAUGCUCUUCAUCAUGACUCCAAGAUCAAAAUUCGAGGUUUCAACGCAACGCGGCAAGUCAUAACGCUCCUGGACCACAAGUUAUAUGUCGACAACAAACUUCCGAUUAUCUACCUUUAUGUUCAGCUUGCCGCCGACGUCAUCCGCCUUGACUACCACAGGCUCUUCUCUGAAAGUGCACACGAUGUCAUCCACAUUUGCCUCGUAGAAAGCCAAAAGAUUCUCUCACGAACUUGGCCUUACCUCUACGCGUCCAUGUCCGAAGUGGUUUCCCAUGAUUCGACCAUCGAAACGCUCUACACCCGAGUCGUCGAUGAAAUAAUCAACGUGGACUAUUUGAACUGGAUGGACGGCAAGACCCAACUUCUUGCCAUGCGAGCUAUGACAAACAUCACCAUCGGAGUCUUUCCAGCAGCAGCUGAAAUGGUUUCGCUCACAAAGACAAGCUAUACUGACGUCGUACUCCCAAACAAAGGUUUCAUCUUGAACUAUCUGCAUCUCUUAAGCAACGAGCAACUAGUCCGUCACAAAUUUCCGCCACAAGCUGACCAGGACCACCUGAACCAGCUGCAACUAGACGGUCCGAUAUUGUACGUCAAAUCAUUGCGUUCUAUUAUAAUUCCCAGUGUCUACAGGUUACCUCCAAUAUAUUAUUCUACAAGCGUUCCAGAGUACUUCGACUUGGCGACUGUCGGCGCUUUGUUAGCGAAAGAACUGUCCGAAGUCCUUGGACCGAUCGAAGGGUCCACCUGGUGGUCAGAACCAACGAAAGUGUCCUUCAAUCGAUCUUUUCAGUGCCUGAUGAACAUGCACGAAAGAAUGACGGCCCCAGGAACAGCGGAUGAAGCGGACGUGACCAAUGAGAUAUUUGCGUGGACGAGAAGCGCACGGCUAGCGUACGAUCUGAUGAAGAGCCAGAUAGUUACGUCCAAGGAUUCCUUGGCCGACGCGCGGCGUGUAUUUUUCCAGAGAUUUUGCCUCAUGAGCUGUAGCUCUCGGCAGGAAGGGCAACCACUUACCCCUCGACAACAGUGCAUGCUGCCCCUCUUGAAUAUGCCGGAGUUCGCGGAGACCUUCCAGUGCCCACUCGGUGGCAACGCCCGACUCUGUAAGAUACUGUGACAUAUGAGCACGCGUUCUCUCCUAUCAUGACCUCGUGUAUCACGAGGGCUGUUGCGAAUGAUUGAUACUAUAAUUAUAAUUUCUCGUAGUUUCUGAUAUUCUUUUAGGUAGUGCUACUAUGAUACCGCUGUCUUACCGUGGCAAGACCACCAAGAUACCACAGCAAGAAGUUAUCAUGGUAGUGGAUUGGGGAGAGGGGUCGUAUGGUGCUGCACUCUCCACGAAUUAUGGUGCUUUCGAAGAAUCCAUGGAUUCUAGAAUUAAUAAAUUGACUGGUGUUCACCACGAGUAA